AUGUAUUCAUUCGAGGGAGACUUCAGGCGCAAGCCACAGCAGAACUUAGCUGGUGCAAGUGCACAGCGCAAGACAGACAGAGACACCUUGAUACUGCAGUCACAACAACAAAGGCAGAAAAGAGAGGAACACAGAAAGCGUUUGAAUAGUACAAUAAAAAUCCAGGCUUACGUAAGGAGUUAUCUUACUAGAAAACAUUAUAAGCAACAUGAAAGGGACCAAUUCGAUAGCAUAUUUCCAAGGAUCAAUCCUGAUGACCAGCAAAUGAUGUGUGCACUGGUUGCUAAAAUAUUAUUCUUCUACGACGACCAACAGGAUUAUUCUAGACUGGUUUCAGUUUCCCAAUUACUUUUGAAACAAUGGAAAAAAGUGUAUCAAAUUUGUGGAGCCUGUGUACAGAUCAGAAGAUUGCUAGUGUUGCACUUACGUUUGUUAAAGGAAAAUGGUGAGGUACCGCUAGCUGUACCACUCAGAAUGUUUGAAGUGUUCACAUCUACAAAUACAGCUGAGGCAUCAAUCAACUGUGAUGAAGCACUCAGUAUUAUUGGGAACACGUUUUUGUAUCUUGUUAAAAGAGGUUAUUUUCAAGAUUUGUGCAAUCUAUUGUGCCAGAAGACUCCGCCAUUGUACGGGCCUUCUCCCAAUCCACCGACGCCGCUCAGUGGAGCCCUACUAGAUCUCAUACAGCGACCUUUAACCCUUAUCUCACGUGUUAAUAUUCCACAUUAUGAUGACAGCAUCAUGACAGAGUUUGCUUCUGCCUUCCUCUGCAACCCUUACCCAGAGCCGGUGGAAAUGUACGUAAUACCGGCGCUUGCGCAAGAUCAAAACAAGAAGUUCCCGUUCCUAUCGCUCACACAGGCCCUCCGAGAAGACUCAAAAUUCACCAGUCAAGUGCUACAAAACGAUUCUUGGCUUCUACAUUCUGUACUGACACUAGAACCACCUGAUUUUGUGAAUGUUGUGCAUAAUCUGGACAACACAAGACUGCCGAACAAUCCUAUUGUUUUAGACUAUUUUAAAAUUAUUGCUAAGUUAACUGUUAAUGUUUGUAAUAAGCAAAUCUCUUAUGAGUUUGAAGACUCGUUGUACAGUCAGGAAACUGUGGCUGAAAAGGAUGAUGACAGUGAUAGUGAGCAGGAACCGAACCCGACUUCGGUUAGAGAGCAAAUAUUGCUGACGCGGUGUAUUGAGUUACUGAACGACCCCGAGCGCUGCAUCAUGACCACGUGCUCACAAAUCACGGACGCUGAUCUCAGUGAGGACUUCUUGGAUAGUGUGUCGGAAAUAUGUCACAAUUUGUUGUUAAGUCACAAGAUGGCGCUGCAUAAGUACAGACUGCUGUACACGUUGGCGUUCAAGCCGAUGUUCCUGCGCGGGCUGUGGGUGUGGGUGUCGGGCAUGUCGCACGCGUCGGCGUACGGCGCGCCCGCCACGCCGCUGCUGGCCGCGCUGUGCCGCGGCCUGGCGCACGACGCGCGCGCACUCGCGCUGCACCGCCUCCUCGCACCGCUCGCCGUCUUCUGCGCACUGUUCGCCUUGCUCAUCGGUACCCUGCAUGACGCUGAGUUCUGCAGGGAUCCUGAUGAAGAUAAGAAGAUCUCUAUGGGCGUGUCGGUGGUGCCUGGCGCGGGGCGCGGCGGGCGCGUGCACGCGUUCGAGUUCAGCGAGCUGGGCGCGCUGUGCCGCACGUUGCGCGCCGUGUGCCUGGGGCUGGUGGAGCUGGCCUACCCGGAGUCGCGCCCCGCCGUCGCCGGACACUACAGGGACGCCGUCAACAACGACCACAUACAGAUCUCCGGGAAGAACCAAACUCCCGCAUGGUCACAUCUCUUCAAAGUAUGCACGGCGCUGCUGCGCGCGCUGUACGCCCGCGACGGACGGCUGGGGUUCGUGGGCGCGGGCGCGUGGCCGGCGGCGGGCGCGGUGGCGGAGGGGGGCGCCGCCGUGCUGCUGGCCGCCGGCGCGCACCACAUGCGGCGCCCGCGCAGCCUCGCCGCGCCGCGCCCGCUCGCCAACGAUGAGGGACCACCGCUAACUAUCAAGGAGUUGCGAACCGUUACCAUACUGAAGGAGAUACCAUUCGUCGUGCCAUUCUCAACGCGUGUCCUUAUCUUCCAAGGACUUUUAGCCAGGGAGAAGCAUGACCAUUGGUAUGAAAUGACGAACUUCAACGAGGGACCCUCAAUCAACAUCAGUGUUCGACGGACGCAUUUAUAUGAAGAUGCAUUUGAUAAACUUAGCCCGGAUAAUGAACCCGAUUUAAAGCUGAAACUUCGCGUGCAACUGAUCAACCAGGCCGGUGCGGAAGAAGCUGGUGUCGACGGCGGUGGACUCUUCCGAGAGUUUCUUUCUGAGCUCCUAAAAUCGGCAUUUGAUCCCAACAGAGGCUUGUUCCGGCUGACAAUAGACAACAUGUUGUACCCGAACCCCGCCGUGCACCUGCUGUACGAUGACUUCCCCAUGCACUACUACUUCGUCGGCAGGAUGCUGGGAAAGGCGAUGUACGAGAACCUGCUGGUGGAGCUGCCGCUGGCGGAGUUCUUCCUGGGCAAGCUGUGCGGCGGCGGCGAGGCGGCCGUGCACGCGCUGGCGUCGCUGGACCCCGCGCUGCACCGCGGCCUGCUGCUGCUGCGCGCGCACGCCCGCCGCGACGUGCCCGACCUCGGCCUCGACUUCACGCUGCUCACCGACGAGCUGGGCGAGCAGAGGAUAGAGGAAUUAAAACCUGGUGGCGCAAAUAUUCCCGUUACAGCUGAAAAUAGAAUAGAAUACAUACAUCUAGUCGCUGAUUACAAAUUGAACAAACAAAUAAGGUCCCAAUGCACUGCGUUCAAGCGUGGGCUAGUGUCAGUAGUGAGCGCGGAGUGGUUGCGUAUGUUCUCGUGUAGAGAGCUACAACUGCUUAUAUCCGGGGCCGAGGUACCCAUCGACAUAGAGGACCUGAGGAGACAUACCCACUAUGCAGGCGGGUUCUCAGCGCAGCACCCGACGGUGCAAUGUUUCUGGCGCGUGUUGGCCACGUUCACAGACGACCAGAGGCGACAACUGUUGAAGUUUGUCACCAGUUGCUCCAGGCCGCCACUACUUGGCUUUAAGGACCUGCAGCCACCAUUCUGCAUCCAGUCGGCGGGUGCGUCAGACCGGCUGCCGUCGUCGUCGACGUGUAUGAACCUGCUGAAGCUGCCAGAGUUCCACACGGACGAGCAGCUCACUGAGAAACUGCUCUACGCCAUACAGGCCGGCGCUGGAUUCGAACUUAGCUAG